UCAUUGAAGAAAAAAGGUUCAGUACACUGUCUAGUGGGUCUAGAUGACCCAACUCCCAACGUUAAAGUGCCUAGGAUAGCACAAGGGUUAAAAGCUAACCGGAUAAAAAGGUGCUGUACCUGCCAGGGACUGAAAGGUAAGGACCAGAAUUUUGAUAAAAAUUCAGUUCAAAGAGACCAAGAUGGAUGUUAUGUGGUCAAACUUCUUUGCCCCACAAAUAAAUAUGGCUGCUGCAUUUUGGACUGGAUUUUGAAGCCUUGACUAACUCAGCAUAUAAAGAGCUGCCAUAAUUUAGUCUGGACAACAAAAAGGCAUGGGCAACAGUUUCAAGGUUGGUUUGUGAUAUAAAAGACUUGAUCCUAGCCAGACGUUGCAUGUGAAAAAAGCAGGACCUGGUCACAGCAUUUAUUUGGAGCUGCAUCAACCAGGUUUGUGACCACAGACUGCUCAAAAGGGGCAAGAGAGAAGAGAUCAAGACCAUGAUGGUCUACUAGUAGGAGUAAACACAAUUACCUCAGUUUUGCUUUCAUUUAGGCAAAGAAAGUUGGUGACAACUACGGCCUAACUUCACCUUUAGGGGUAACACUUGGAUGAGUGAGGACCCAUUCUAACACAGAAAAACCCGUCGUUUAGGUCAAUGGCCUCCCUGUACAAUGAUCCUGAAUGGAGCUGCAACAUGGACAGAGCUUUGUCCAAACUGGGGGGUCCUGGGGUGGAGCUGGAGCAAGCAACUGCCUGGUUGAUUGAAAGGGCAAAAGAAGAGGAUUUCUCCCUGACAGAUUUGUGGGGGGUGUUAACCUCUGCUGGGAUAAUGAAGCAGAUGGAUCUUCGCCGUCUUUCAGAAGAAGCUGACAGAAGUGCCUCCAACCCAUACCCAGUCUAUUGUGCAAUAGAACAGAGCUGCCUCUCAGAAGGACCCAUAGAAGGUAAAUGGUUUGAAGUGACCCCCCAUGAAGCUGGAUUUCCUGAGUUAGGUCUUUUUAUCCACACCUCUCUUUUGGGAAGCAAAUUUGAAAGUGGACAACUGCUGGAGAAGAAACUAGAGAUGGACAUGAUAAAGCUUCAAGGGGUCUUUGGCAGUGCGCUGGCCCAUGGAGAGAUGGUCCAAGACUUCAUUCCUCCAUGGAUGAAAGUGCUCGAUCAUGCAGACCCUCACAGUCUAAAGUAUAUCCGGGUCUACCGCAGUCUCUGUGAGCUGAUGGUUCUGAUCCAAACCAUCAUUCAGGAUCCGGUUGCUCUUUCCGAGGUGGAGAAUCUUCAGGAAAUACUCCGAGAGAUGGUGACGCGAAACGACUCUGAGUCGCUGGAGCUGAAGGGUCCAGAGGAGAGGGGAAUUCUGUUUGAGCAGUGGAGCCUGCAGCUGGUGACAACGGUCCAGACCUGGAGCCAGAAUCUGGAGGAUGGAGCUUUUAAGAAACAAGUGUCUUUCCUCACCAAGGACAUCCUUCCACUCCUCCUAAAAUGGGAGUGGGGAACAACCAACAGCUUUCUCUACAAAUAUCAAGAUUCCCCAAUCCCAGCAUGUCUCAAGUCUCAACAACAGCUUCAUCUAGUGGACGCUGGUCUGCUGAUCAAUGUUGCUUAUCCUUCAUUCCUGGGUACCAAGAGAGACAUGGACCUCAUCAUCACUUUGGAGUACAGUGCUGGGAACAUGUUUGAGACUCUCACUUUAGCAAAGGAAUACGCUGCUGCUGUGAAGAAGCCGUUCCCAGAGAUCCAUGCAGACAUCCUGGAGGACAGAGUCUGGCCUAAAGACUGUUAUGUGUUUGAGGGGCAGGGAGACGCGCCGUCCAUUGUCUACAUGCCGCUCUUCAACCAGCAGAACUGCAGAGAUGCUGAGGAGUUCAAAGCAAAGAUGGAGGAAUUCAGCACCUUCCAGCGACCCUUCAACCAGCAGAAGAUUAACUUCCUGCUGGAAACGGCAAAAUCCAACAUCCAGAGAAACCGAGACGUCCUGCUGAGGGAGAUGAAGAAGGCUGCUUUGUCCCGGCAGAGGAAGAAGGGACUUCUGGAGGUCCAGCUCUCUGAUCUUUCUCUGAAUCCAUCAUGAAACAUUGUUGACUUCAGCUGAAGAUGGAAGAAUGCGGCUGAGCUGGGAGCAAAUAAAGCAUUUUGAUGUGUUGAUUUGUGUUGUAAUAUAAAUACUGAAGGAGCUCCAAAAGCACUUAGAUACUUUUCACAUUCAGACGUCUGUAAUCUGGAUUUAUACCUUCAUGUAACCAGUUUUAAAAGGUUGCAAGAAAGAAAAUAAAGGGGAAAAAGCAGCA